AGACGCUUUGCUCCUUGUUGCUAACCUGACCUCGCUCUUCCAGUUCAUCUCCCAACACUAUCCCAUCUCAAGCCGUUCACCUGGUAUCAAUCACAUAACUCCAGUCUUACUCUCCUCGUCUUCAUACUCCCAAGAAGAUCUUGUCACCCGUCUCCUCAGAACCUUUGACCCAUUCGAAAUCUACAUUGAUGUCUGUUGACCUACGAACAACCCUCUAUUGCCUGCGUCAUCCGGCGAGAUUUAUGCCCGUAUCAAGGACUCAACUGUCUAAGGUCCACACGGGAGAUUCCAUCCAGAAUAUAUCAAGUAGUAAAAGAAGUAGUAGUAGUAGUAGUAGAAAUUUCGAUCAAGUUUGAAUUAGCCCAGCAUGGCGAAUGUUCAGUCCGUUACCCUGACCACCAAUAACGGUCCAUGUAACGCCGCCAUAGACCAAGCCCUAGCCGGGCUCGAACUCAAGAAGCAACGCUCUCUCCUGCCGGAGAAAUGGAGCGAUUACGUCCGCACUGUCAACCUCUCAGAGCAUGUAGAGGUUGGCCGCUCCAUCGCUCAGGCCUUCGCGACUGAUGAGCUCGCUCAUUACCUGCUUGAUUCCGACGACAUGAUUGGGUUGUCGGACGAGGCUAGGUGGAAGCUUCAUGUUGACAUGAUGAAAUAUAUCGUCGCGGCUCACUGUAUUAGCGGCCUUGUCACUACUAUUGGACCGGACUACGAGGGGGUUGCCCUCUGGGCUCCACCCGGCUCCAACACCGAUGACUGGCUAACCGUCCUGCGUUCCGGGGCCUGGCGUCUAUACUAUCAGCUCACGGCCGGAGGCCGGUACCGCUACUUCACCGAGCUGCUGCCCCUUCUCCACCACACCAUGCACGAGGUCAUGGGCGAGCGCGACAACGACUGCUACUACCUCGUCUACAUCGGUACCAAACCCAGCGGUCAACGCCGGGGCUACGCGCGGAAGCUGAUCGAGGCCAUGGCUCUCAAGGCCGAUGCAGAGAACCGCGCCAUGUACCUCGAGUCCAGCUCGGACAAGAACACGGCCUACUACCGCAAGUUCGGCUUCGAGCACAAGAAAGACAUCCACCUCGGCGAUCCGAACAGCAGCAACAGCAGCAGCAGCACCGGCAAGUCUGUCCGCCUGGCCAUCAUGGUCCGCGAGCCGCAGACCCUGAGCGGAAAGAACAUCCCCAUCAAGCUCGGGGCCGGGUUUAGGGGGCUGCAGUGACAACCUCCUCGCGUGUCGUCGGGUGAUUGCUUGUCGCUCGAGGCUCAAGAUUGCCGGCGGAUAACGUUUCUUUUUCUGUUCUUUUUAUGGGUCUUCGUUGACGAACCC